UAAGUAACAUGACGCAAAUCAAAAAAGGCCACUCCACUUUUCUCUACCAUAGAAACUGCCUGACUCACCCCCUCCAUUUCCUCUCUCUUCCCUUUUCUUGUUUCUUCUGCAAAUGCUGAUCUCCAAACCCAAUUUCUCCUUUUUAUUUUCUCUUUCGUCUAAUAAAAUACUCGACCCUUCAACCUAUACAAUGAACUGAAUUCCCACAACUCUUUUCAGCUCAAUACAUAUCAGAAAGCAAAAUGGGUGUUUUUGUAUUACCAAGUUCAGCCUUUGGGGUGCUUCUUCCCCACUUCCCUGUUGUUUCAUUAGGCACGCCACGUGGGCAGUUUCAUUUAGUCUUGGGAAGCUCUUCUAACAGGAAAAGGAAGAAUUUACUUACUGGAAACUGGCAGUGCAGACCAAGGAUAGUUGCUGCCUCAAAUAGGGAUAAUUCCAAAGACAAUGUCACAGAUGAUGAGGAUGGUUCUUUGUUGGGGAGUUAUGAAAUGUUGGAGAUGAAAGAAGAUGAGUUAGUGGAGGCGAGAAGGGCUCUUUCUGAGGUUAAGGCCAGACAAGCAGCCCUUGAAAAAGAAAGAGAACAAUUGCUUGAAGACUUUGCUAGUUCUGAGGCUAAACAGAAGGAAUAUGUGGCUUCCGUUUUGCAUGACAAAGAAUUGGCUGUUUCAGAACUGGAGUCGACCAAAUCUCUGUUCCAUCAGAAGCUGCAGGAGUCAGUGAAAGAGAAAUUUGCCUUGGAAUCUAAGUUGGUUCUUGCAAGACAAGAUGCUGUUGAACUUGCAGUACAAGUUGAAAAGUUAGCGGAGGUUGCUUUCCGACAGGCCACAUCUCACAUAUUAGAAGAUGCCAAGCUGAGGAUUUCAGCUGCAGAAACCUUGGCUGCUGAGUCAGCUUUUCAAAUUGAUGAACAGAUAAGAAAAUCAACCGAAGGUACUAUAUUCUCAAUUAUAGAGGAGUCUAAAGAUGCUAUAAAUAAGGCCCUUGAUGUGGCUGAAAAUGCCAUUGAUGAGGCUACACAAGCUGUAGCAGUAUUCACUGACGCUGUAAAUCCCAUUGAUGUUAUUGCUUCUGCUCAGUCUGAGAAUAUUAAGUUACAAGGUGCUGUCAGUGAUUUAGAAGCUCAACUAUUGGUUUCAGAGAGUGAGCUUGAUAGGUUGAAACUGGAGUUGCAACAGGCCCAAGUACAAGCAAAUGCAGCUGAACUCCGAUCCAGUAAUGCUGAGAAGGCAUUGCUUGAAUUCCAAGAGUUGAGUAGGAAAAAGGCUCUUGAGCAGGAAGAGGAGAUUAGGUCUUUACUGGAGAAAAUAAAGAAAGAAGCAGUUGAAAGAAAGAAGGCUUUGUCCAAGGCUUUUAAGGCUGAGUUGGAAAGCAUCAAGGCUACUGUUGAUGCUUCCAAAGAAAUAACAUGUUCAAGAGACAAUGCCUACAUGAGAAGAUGUGAAGCCCUGCAGAGGUCACUGAGGACAUCUGAGAGUGCUUUAAAGAUGUGGAGACAGAGAGCAGAGAUGGCACAGUCAUUGUUGUUGAAGGAAAGAUCAGAAAAGGAAGAUGAUGAAGACGUCAUCUAUAUAGCUAAUGGUGGGAGGAUAGACCUUUUGACUGAUGAUGAUUCACAGAAAUGGAAACUUCUGAGUUAUGGUCCACGUAAAGAGAUACCUCAGUGGAUGGCAAGAAGGAUUAGGAGCAUCCGUCCAAAGUUUCCUCCUAGAAAGACAGACAUAUCUAAAGCCUUAAAUUCCAGUUUUAAAUCGUUGGAAUUGCCCAAACUUGAUGAGGUUUGGUCUAUUGCUCAAGAAAAGCUAAGAGAAGGUGAUAUGCUUACUGAACAUGUUAUCGAAAAAGAAGUAAUAGAGAAGAAACGGAAAGCUUUGGAACGAGCACUCCAGCGAAAGACAGUUAAAUGGAAGAGGAUUCCAGAAGAAACAAAAAUAGAGCCAGGAACUGGAACAGGACGAGAAAUUGUGUUCCAAGGUUUCAAUUGGGAAAGUUGGAGAAGGCAAUGGUACCAGGAGCUAGCUUUCAAGGCAGCUGAUUUAUCUCAUUCUGGGAUAACAGCAGUAUGGCUCCCACCACCAACACAAUCUGUUGCACCCCAAGGUUAUAUGCCUUCUGAUCUUUACAACUUGAACUCCUCAUAUGGAUCUGUCGAAGACCUGAAAUCUUGUAUAGAGGAAAUGCAUUCUCAGGAACUUCUGGCAUUGGGAGAUAUUGUGCUUAACCAUAGAUGCGCGCAUAAACAGAGUCCAAAUGGCGUCUGGAAUAUUUUUGGCGGCAAACUUGCAUGGGGGCCUGAAGCUAUUGUUUGUGAUGAUCCAAAUUUCCAGGGCCGUGGGAAUCCUUCAAGUGGUGAUAUCUUCCAUGCGGCACCAAAUAUUGAUCAUUCGCAGCACUUUGUGCGAAAAGAUGUAAAGGAAUGGUUAUACUGGCUCCGUAAUGAUAUUGGUUAUGAUGGGUGGCGGCUUGACUUUGUGAGAGGCUUCUCUGGAACAUUUGUGAAAGAAUAUAUAGAAGCUUCAAAUCCUGCAUUUGCUAUAGGAGAAUAUUGGGACAGUAUGGCUUAUGAACAUGGUAACUUAUGUUACAAUCAAGAUGCUCACCGGCAACGGAUAGUAAACUGGAUCAAUGCCACUGGUGGUACUUCCUCAGCUUUUGAUGUCACGACAAAGGGGAUACUCCACUCUGCUUUACAUGAUCAAUACUGGAGACUGAUAGAUCCUCAAGGAAAACCAACAGGAGUAAUGGGAUGGUGGCCUUCACGCGCAUGUACGUUUUUAGAGAACCAUGAUACGGGAUCUACCCAGGGUCACUGGCCUUUUCCCCGUGAUAAGCUUACACAAGGAUAUGCUUACAUCUUGACGCAUCCGGGAACUCCUGUGAUAUUUUAUGACCACUUUUAUGAAUUUGGCAUCCGUGAUGUCUUGACGGAAUUAAUAGAAGCUCGAAGACGGGCUGGGAUCCACUGCCGAAGUUCUGUCAAGAUAUACCACGCCAAUACCGAAGGUUAUGUUGCUCAGGUCGGCAAUAUGCUAGUGAUCAAACUAGGGCAUUUCGAUUGGAAUCCUUCAAAGGAAAAUCAGUUGGAUGGGAGAUGGCAAAAGUUCAUUGAUAAAGGAGCGGAUUAUCAAAUUUGGUUAAGACAGUAAUUCAAUGAAAUCAGCAAAAAGGUUAGAAGUUAUCCUCUGCCACAUUAUCUCUACUUAUAGUAAUAGAAGAAUAUCUGCAAUCGUACACACACAAAAAUAAAAUAAAAUAACACACCCCCAUCAGCGUCGACUACAAUAUCAGCUUCAGCAAUGGCAACAUAAAACCUUGAACAAGGAUCGGGAACGGCCGCAUCUCUAUCAAGCAGCAUGGGAAUUAACGUUAUGGUUUACAGACGUUAUGGUUUAAGUCAAUAAAUCUGAUAUGCUGAUUUCAGCCAUUCUUAUGUACUUUUUUCAUGUUUAGUGCCUAUGCUUAAUUUUUGUUGCUUUCUUGCUUAAGAUCAUGAUUAAUAUUUGGGACUGUAGUCAUACUGAGCAAAUUCCCUGUCAAUGUUGUGGAAUCUGAAACCAGAGCUUGACGCAUUUGGUUAAUGAAAAUAUUUAUUUUUCUUUUAAAAAAAUAGAA